AGAAAGCCCACACACAUUCUAGUUUUAAGCUACACCCUGAUCAGAGAAGAAACACGAUCAGGACAGCAUGAGGACGAUAAUUACUAUGAUGAUCAUUCUGUUCAUGACCUGUGUGGUUGCAGUGUCAGGCCACAGCAAAAUCAGGCAGAAGAGAGAUUGGAUUCUUGACUCCUUCACUAUAGAGGAAGAAAGCCCUGGCCCUUUCCCAUAUUCACUCGGCAUCAUUAAUGUGGACAGGAAAUAUUUAGUAGAAUUCAGACUCACUGGCAAGGGUGUUACUGAAAAGCCCAAAGGUGUGUUGAGUAUCAACAAAAAUACUGGUGAGGUUCUUGUGCAUAAAAAAGUUGACUACGAGCGCGAUACAUUUCUCACGCUCAAGUUUGAAGCAAUAGAUGUCGCUUCGGAAAAAGUGGACACAAGGCUCGCUGUUGAGAUCAAGGUCCAGGAUAUUAAUGAUCAUGCCCCUGUUUUUGUACCUCGUAACAUUGAAACCACACUUGACGAGUCUUAUCCUCAAGGUAAAUCAGUUACAACAGUCUUUGCAUCAGAUGGUGAUGAUUCAUCAACCCCCAAUGGAACCUUCACAUUCAGACUUGUCUCCGCCACCCCAGAAACAGAUAAUGUUGAAUUUUAUAUAAGACAGAACGACAACAUAGGAAAUAUUUAUUUCAAAGGCUGCUUGAAUUAUGAGAAAGCACAGAAAUAUACCCUCCAAAUCGAAGCCAAAGAUCAUGGGGACAAAGUUCAGCUGUCCAGCACAAGCACAGUGGUCCUGAACAUCAUCGACCAAAACAAUCACCUCCCUGAAAUCACUGGUCACACAGGUAAAGGAACAAUAAAAGAACGAGAUAGUGGAGUGGAAGUUCUGCGCUUGAAUGUCAAUGACAAAAACAGUCCAGGUUCACCAGCCUGGAAAGCUAAAUUCACCCUUCAUGGAGAUAAGGAAAACUAUUUUAAAAUCCAAACCGACCCCAAAACUAAUGAAGGAAUCCUGACUGUUGUAAAGGCAAUGGAUUAUGAGAAGCAAACUUCAAAAAAUGUGUCAAUCAGUGUGGAAAAUGAAGUGCCCUACUUCUUCUGUAAGGUGAAAAAACGUCCUCCGCAAAGUUUAUGGGACAUAGAGACUUCUGCUGAAGGGUCCAGCACAGGUGCACCCAAGCGUUACCCAGUCACAAUUUUUGUUGAGGACAUCAACGAACCACCAGAAUUUGUACCACCUAUUCAAGUAACAAUGAUCAGGGAGAAUACAAAAGUAGGAACCUCCUUUUACACCCUUACAGCCAUCGACCCAGAUGUGUCAUCUGGAGGUUUAUUUCACUUUGUGAAAGGAGAAGAUAAAGAUAACUGGGUGACUGUAGAUUCAAAAACUGGCAACGUUUCUGUGGCCAAGGUUAUGGACAGAGAAUCACCAUUUGUGAACAAUAGUGGCUACAGUGUCAUCAUGUAUGCUGUGGAAAAUGCUCAACCUCGACUAACAGGUACAGGGACGCUGGUCAUCCAUCUUUUAGAUGAGAAUGAUAAUGUACCACUGUUGGAGGUGAACAAAACAAAUGUGUGUUUGUCAGACAAGGAAACCAAGACUAACAUCACUGCUGUAGAUCUGCAUCUUCAACCAUACAGUGCACCAUUCCACUACGAGCUCCUGGGAGAUGUCAAGGGAAAAUGGAGAAUUGAACCAAACUCUGGCACAACUGUGAACCUAAUCCGAGAGAAGAACGUCUAUUCAGGCCCUUAUGAGUUUCAGGUCAAAAUAUCCGACAGCCAGGGCUUUGGUUUAGUCCAAAACCUGUCCGUCACUGUGUGUAACUGCAGCAUCACACCCAGCUGCAAUGUUCGCAGAUACAUGACUGCAGGGCUGAGCCUUACUGCCAUUGGGAUCAUAAUCUUUGCUUUGUUGUUACUGCUAGUCUCUCUUCUGGUGGCUUAUUUAAUAUCCUGCAAAGAGAAGAAAUUUAUUAUCUCAAUUGAUGAGGCUGCUGACAGUUAUCUUCUUAAAUAUAACACUGAGGCACCUGGCACUGACCAGAAGGUGCCAAAUAAAAUAACCCAAAUGGGCAUGAGCGAGAACAGUGUGAAAACUUAUAAUUCUCUAGGAGCUCAAAAUGGAAUUUCCACACCGGAGUCAGUGCUUCACAAGGUACAGGUUUCCCAUCAAAGAUUUGCAACAUCCACUGAACAAAAAAUGAGCAGGAGAACUCUCCAAAGGAGUUCAACACGACGGUCAUACCAGGAGAUCAAGCAGUAUGAUGCGAUGGGCACAAUGAGCAGAAAGUACUCUACCUACUCCUCAGAUGUCUCUCUGAGACAUAAACUGUCCUUUCUGCUUGAGCAGCGUCUCCUCCAAGUUGAAACGCAAGAGGACCUAUGCGAUUAUGAGCCACACUGCUAUGCAAACGAAGGAGAAUCUGAGACAGAUGACGACCUCGAUACCAGCUCAAUUUUGGAGAUAGAUUUUGAUCCAGACAUCCUUACAAAUUUAGAUUUCCGAUUCAAGGAUUUGGCAACAGUGUGCAGGCCUGAUCUGUCAUAGUUUGAGUAAAAACCUAAACACUAAUAAUCAGUAAAUGUUUUUGCUCACCCUUUGAGAGAAGCUUAUGGUUUUGGUGUAUGCUUACAUGACACUGAAAUAUGCAGGUGAUCCUGAUUUAGCAUACCUAUCUCAUGGAUGGAUCGAUGGACAAUGUGAUUAUGUUCUACUAGGUUACUUUCAGGAAGAGAGAAAAUAUUUAGAGAGAAAAUAAAACUGAUGUGGGUUUACAUGGUUCUCUGCAUUGAGAAUGGUUAAAGUGAUAGGGGUCGAAUGAUUCAAGCUCAAGCAAAAAGGACUUUAUUUGUUAAAAAAAUCUCCCCUGUUUAAUCUACUGUUGUUUAAGCUGUCCUGGUGGGGAAAAUGGAUUUAUUCCAAGCUUAGGUCACUACCUGUGUGGAGUUUCAUAUGUUCUCCUUGUGUCUAUGAGGAUUUCCUCCAGGUUGUCCAGUUUCCUUCCACCUCUUUAAAACAUACAUAUAUGGCUACUCAACAUUAGUUCUAGGUUUGGAUAAGAGUGUGUGUGUGUCUGUGUACACACUGAUAUCCCACCCAGGGUGUAUCCCCUUUGGACAUAAUGUGUACAAUUGUACACACGAAGUUCCAGAGCAUUUUAGUUCCAUAGCAUUUUUCCUUGUGUCCAAAGGGGGUAUGCCUGACUUCAGGGGCGAUUUCUCAGAGACAACAAGGGAAGCCGAGCUUCCCCUAAAAUUCUCUCCCCAAACUGCGGCAUCUAUGACGUUGAAUUCUCAUUAAAACAAUAACUUGCAUAACAUAAUAUAUGCCCAAGAUUGUAUUUACGUUCAUAACUAUCCUGUAACUUAUUUGAGUGAUGUCUGACGAACUUGCAGUUCGCUACGAGAAUCACCUUUGCUGCCAGGCUGUAACCAGCGUUGCCAGAUACUGCUGACGUUUUCCAGCCAAAAUAUGUUCAAAACCCACCAAAAUGCACUUAAAACCGCCCAAUCUGGCAACACUGGCUGUAACCUUUAUU